AUCAACAGAUGAUCUGCUGCUUACUGCAGUUGUUUGACUGUGGCACAGGGCAGAGAAGAGCACUUCAGUCUCCGACUAACUGUGAUGGAAUAUGACAGUUUAUAAAAGCACGCGUGGAUUCACAAAGACGUCUGAAACACAGAGCCCCUGGGAGAGGGUCUGCAGUGUCUUGUGUGAUCAAAUCCCCAUCUGAUCACUUCCAUACAGAUGACCAGCCAUGGCCACAGCAUCAGACUCAGUGGAUGAUUCAGUGGAUGAAGUUGUGUCCAAACACACUCUGAAGAUACCACUGUGUAUUGUCCUGGUGACCAUCAUUAUACUGACUGCACUUGGAAACUUGCUUGUGAUGGUGGCUCUCUGUAAAGACAGACAGCUAAGGAAGAAGAAGACCAACUUCUUUAUCGUAUCACUGGCAUUCACAGACUUUCUAGUUGCCCUUGUGGUGAUGCCCCUGGCAGCCGUAGAGUUGGUCACUGGUCAGUGGAGCUAUGGAGAGAUGUUCUGCUUGGUCCGGACCUCACUGGACGUGCUGCUGACCACUGUUUCUAUACUGCAUCUGUGCUGCAUUGCCCUAGACAGGUACUAUGCGAUUUGCUGCCAGCCUCUGGUCUACACAAAUAAGAUGACGCCUGUGAGAGUCUCACUGAUGCUGGUUGGAUGCUGGGUCAUCCCCAUUUUCAUCUCUUUUCUUCCCAUCAUGCAAAGUUGGAAUACCAUUGGAAUCGAGAGCUUUAUCGAGCAAAGAGAGUUCAACUCUUCCCAUAAUUCAACUUGUGUGUUCAUGGUGAACCGACCCUAUGCUCUGGUGUGUUCGGCCGUGGCCUUUUAUGUGCCGCUGGUGCUGAUGGUUCUCGCCUAUCAGAGAAUCUAUGUCACCGCUAUGGGACACGCUCGGCGAAUCGGCUCACUGCAUCGGGCCGGCUCGGCCCCUUCUUCGACUUACCCCAACCACGAUCAACAUGGUUCCAAUCGAAUUAAGAACGAAACUAAGGCGGCCAAGACACUGGCUGUCAUCAUGGGUUGCUUCUGUCUGUGCUGGGCGCCCUUCUUUAUCACCAAUGUGGUGGAUCCCUUCAUCAAUUACAGCGUGCCCUGGCAGAUGUGGACCGCUUGGCUCUGGUUGGGUUACAUCAACUCGGGCUUGAAUCCGUUCCUGUAUGCUUUUCUGAACCGGGCUUUUCGGCGAGCCUUCCUCAUGAUCCUGUGCUGUGGAAAUGAGCGCUAUGCCCGGCAGCGGGGCUUUAGUCCGAGCAGACAGCACUCAGAGUCUGUCAACGGAACCUCCAUUUCUCUCAGAUUGUCAUUUCUUCAAAACCGAAGGUACAGCAACAAUUCCAAUCGAUUUCUGUCAUGCGAGCUGGAAUCUCAGGAGUCUGCUGGUGCAUCAUAGCCAAGAGUUCAAGUGCCUGCAGAUGCAGCCUGAUGAGAACAUACUGACAACAGCCUAUAGAGGAAAUAUGUGUCAAAUCAAGAGACUUCAUUGCAGUUUCCUUUUGAUGAUAAGUAACAAAUCGCAAAGAUUGUUUAUAGGUCUAUUUUGAAAAACGUAUUGUGUAAGAAUGAUGUUAGCAUGCAAGUAUUUUAUCAGACAGCCUUAAUUCAUGAAUGCAACCAGAUAAAAUGUCCAGGAAUGUUCAAGGAGAUGGGUAAAGGUUUGGGUAAAAGCACAACAAAGGAAAAGAUGGCAAAGAAAAUACACUUUGAAAGAAUGAGUUCCCCUUAAAAUUUAAUUUGCUAAAUAUUAUUUUUUCACCCUCAGGCCUUCCAAGAAGACUUGCUCACAAAUGGAUCCUGUGCAGAAUGGGUGCCGCAAUAUGAGUCAAACAGCUGAUAAAAAUAACACAAUAAUCCACAAGUAAUGCAAGCGAAAAUCUACCCGAUUAAAUAAACAAAUCCAUCAUCAUCACUUCUGACCAAAAACAUCCCUAAUAAUCAGAAAACAGUGCUUGGAUAGAGUACUUGUAUUGUAGCCCAGUGGUGUCAAAUUCAGUUCUUGGAGGGCUACAGGUCUUCAGAGUUUUGCCCCAACCCUAUUUAAACACACUUGAACCUGCUAAUCAGGGUCUUCCGGGAUUACUAGAAACUUCCAGCCAUGUGUUUUGGAGCUACAUUAAGCAGGACCCCGGCCCUUCAGGACCAGAGUUUGACACGUUUUAGCCAGAAACAGCGGUUUAAAGUUAAAAACAUCUUAAGAUGGAUUUCUU